GUGCAGGCGGGGUUAUAGGUAUCUAUGUAGGUUAGUGCCUAUGUCUUCGGUCGUGGGCGGGGCAAACCGUUCAUUGUUUGCCCCGCCUGCCCAAAAUUAUUUUGAACCAAGUAAGUGGAUUCCCUUUCCCUCUAUAUGUUAAGUGUUGCUUUAUAUGUGUAGUGUAAAUCUAACUCAUUUUUUAUGUGGUAUUACAGAAUGAACCUGGAACCUAAGUUUGCAAAAUUAUAGAAGUCUGCCGCCACCAAGAUCGUUACACUAACUAGUAUCUUUUCUGCCACAGGUAAUUAAAAAUGUAACGUAUUGUUGGUAUUUUUAUCUGUCAAAUAAUGUAUGUAUAUUAUUAGUUAAAAAUUGUCUUUUUGCUUUGUAGGUAUUCAUCAAGCUGAACAAGAAUUCCGUCCCUAGUCAACUGUUAGUUCUAAUUCUAUUGGUAAAUAGUUCUUCUUCUCUUUCCCUGUCAUAGUGUGUUAACAUUUAUAAGGUUCUUAAGUCAACUAUGUUUGUACGUAAUGUUUCAUGUUUAUACCAAAGUAUAUAAGUGUUAAUGCUAUAUAUUAUUUUUAAGUUCAAGAAAUUGUGAUCUUUAGUUUUGAUACCUAUCUAGCCAUGUUGUACCUUUUGGAUUCUAUUAAUUUGUUGUAAUGGAAGGUAGUGAGAGUGAAGGUCUGUCUGAUGACUUUGAGCAGCCUCAGAAAAAAGCAUCGGAAGACAAUCAGCUGAAAGCCCCUACCAAAGAACAUGACGAAACAUCUGACAAUGUUAAGAAAAGUAAGGUGAAAGUGAAUUUUAAGUGCAGAUAUUGCACAUCGUGUUUUACUGUGAGGAGCAACUGCACUCGUCAUCAAAAUGCUUGUCCUUCGAAUCCUGAGAGAGAGGCACCUGAAUUUGUGUGUGCAAACUGCAAUUCUUCCUUCAAGAGGAGAGAUAAUCUUCAGGCCCACAUCCUCAAAUGCCAGCCUAGUGCAAGGGUUCAAAAAAAGAAAACUCCCUGCUUGAUCAAAAACUGUCGUGAGGAAUUUUACCACAAGAUCUCGUUGAUUAAUCAUUUGCAGGAAUUUCACAAAGAUGAUAUUAAUGUACUUCCACCGGUGACAAAAACAUUUUCCUCUGCAAAGGAGUUUAAUUCCUGGAAGGAAGCUGAGGAGGAGAGAACCUUUUCCCUCUACACAGCCAAGAAAGGUCAGGCUGCUAGUUCUGCAAAGCAUUUCUACUGUCAACAUGAUGGUUCUGGCAAGCCUCACUCUGAGAGAAAAACUAGCAGACGCAACAAUAAGCAGCGUAUCAAAGUUGGGCACUAUUGUAUCUCGAAAAUGGCUGUUAGGGUGGAUGAUACUAAAGCCGUUCAUGUAGAAUAUUACCCAACUCAUAACCACAAGUGCAGUAAACAAGAUUUGGUCCACCAUCCUCUUCCAGAACACAUGUCAAGGUACAUAGAGGAAAAAUUAGCAGAAAAUACCCCAGCUACAGUGGUUUAUGAGCUUGCAAGAGAGAAAUUUUUGCCAAGAAAUUCUCCUUUUGUUGUAGACUGCAAAGCCAGCAUAUUAACAAAGAAGAGAGUACUUGAGCGGGGCAGAAGAAGACGUAUGGCAAGAAGGUUACAUAAAGAUGAUGCGAAAGCAGUGUACCUUCUUGCCACUCAAUUAAUAGACAGUGAAGAUCCAUCAGUACUUAUUUUCAAGCCUUAUGGAAGUGAUGUUGUCUGUGGGCCAAAAGAAAUUAAUGACUUGCCUAAUUCUAAGGACCUUUUUAUGUUUGGGUUCCAAACAAAGAAGCAGCUUGAGACUUUCAAACUACACUCUGGUAAAAUAGUAAUUCUUGAUGAAACCCACGGAACAAAUCAGUAUAAGUACCAACUACUGAAUGUGAUGGUUGUAGAUGAAAAUCGUAGAGGCUGGCCUGUUGCACAUCUAAUUACUAGCAGGUCAGAUGCAGAUACAUUUCAUUUUUUCUUCCAAGAACUCAAAUCUCGCUUGGGUGAUGAAGGCAGUAUUAAUUGUGUCAUCACAGAUGACGACCCAUCCUUAAUUAAUGGUAUGAAUUCUGGAUUUUCUGCCAAUUUAAGACAUAUAUUGUGUAAGUGGCACGUCUUCAAAAAUUUUAAGGACAAUAUUAGACAGAAAGCUCCAAAGCAUCUUUUUGACCAGAUUUUAUCAGAAGUUAAAGCGAUUUUAAAUGCUGAGAGUGAGUCUCUCUACUCUGAACUUGUAUCUGGCUUUAAGAGGAAGUAUGAAAAUAAUUCUGAUUGUGCUGAGUUUCUUAAGUACUUCAAGAAGUAUUACCUAAAGAAAGGUAGACCUGAAAAAUGGGCCAUGGCCUUUAGAAACUUUCCUCACUCAGAAGUCAACACCACUGGGCACAUCGAGUCAUUUCACAAUCGACUGAAAAAGGUGUACCUCAAGAGAAAGGUAAAUAAGAGGCUUGAUGACCUAAUUAAUAUACUUUAUGAUGUUGCCUGGGAAGAUUAUCUCACUCGUGAGAGAGAAGCUUCCACAGGAUUUUCCUCUCAGCCUCAGCACAUUAUUGAAAGGCAUCAACGCAGUGUCUCUAUGGAUGAUGAAACAAUUGUCGAUCUAGGUUUGGGUAAUACCUGGGAGAUGAAAUCUUGCACUGGCAAAAGUGCAGUGUAUGUUGUUGUUAAACACAAAGAAAGCUGCUCCUCUGAUUUUUGUUUCUGUAGAUGUACCAAACCUGCUUUUAUGUGGACUGUGGACUGUAGAGGAGAACCUUGCAGUGUUGUGGAGGAGCCUGACUUUUAUGUUUUACCAAACCAUAAAACUGAAGAUGAAUUGAACAAUAAUGAAGACUUUUUUUUUGAUAACAAUGUUACUGAUAAUUCUGUCCAUGACAAAAAGUGGCAGUCAUUGCUUUCUAGAUUGCAGUCUAACUUUGUCCAACUUGACAAAUUUAUAGCUGUUGCUCAACAAAGACUUGUUUCUCAACACACACUUGUUCGUGUUGAUGCUGUACUUUCAGAUCUUGUGAGUAGUUUUGGAUCUUUAGAUCUUAAUGCUACAUCUGAGAAAAAGCUGGAGGACAUUCCUCAUAUGGAUGCUGCUGUGAAAUUUACUCCCAAUGAAAAGCUCAAGACUCAAAUUUCUCAACUUGCUCCUUUUAAGAGACCUACCAAACGAAAGCGAAAGCAAGAUGUGGCAGACCUAUCUGCUAAGAAAAAAGCUGCUAUUGAUGAUCUUUUGACCUAUGCUCAAGUUGAAAAUGAUACUAGUGAUACUGAUAAUCCCAAUGAGCUUUUAGAAGAACCUGGAAUGGUAGAUGAUGGAAUCACUGAAAUGGAUGACUUAAAUGAAUCUGCCUUUAUGAUUAACAACAAUUCUCUGAUUGAUGAUGAUAGUGUUAACAGUAACAGUUGCUUCACUCUUAGUGCUUCUUAUGUGACUGAUCCAUAUGAUAUUGUUUUAGAAUGUGGACAGGAGAAAAUUUCGUUGAUUCAUUUGAAGUCAUUAGAACUCCAUUUACCACUUCAUGAAAUAAAGAUGUAUGAAAAGCGAGAUCCAAUAUUUAAAGUUGGCUGGUUAUACUCAUCAAUUAUUGAUGCUUUUAUGUUUAAAUUGUCAGAAAAUGAUGUUUUCUGUCUAUCAUGUGAUCUUGCUGAACGCGCUUCAAGACAAACAUCUAAUGCAGAUAUUUUGACAAAGAAGAUUGAUGUGAUCAAGAACAAACGAGUUAUUCUGCUACCAGGAAAUCUUACUGGGGAUCAUUGGAUCAUUGUUGCUAUCAUGCUGAAAGAGAACGAAAUCCGUUAUUAUGAUCCUCUCCAAUGCCCCAUAAGCCUCAAAACUUUGUCAUUAUUGAAACAAACUGUGUCUGACUUAAAAACGGUAUUCUCCACACAGUCUCCUUGGAAAAUUAAACCGAUAAAAUUAGCAAAGCAGGCUGACAGUGUCAACUGCGGCAUAAAUAUUUGUCACUUUGCUCAACAAACUGUAGAUGGUGCUGAAUACGGUCUUCCUACAUCCCCAGUUGAGUUUCGAAAAUAUAUAUACUCAGUCAUUGUAGGCAAUUGUCUGAAGAGAUCCUCCCUCUAUGACGAAUCUUGUGGGAAGUGUGGAGCUCAGUAUUCCGAUACAAAUGAUUUGCAAAUUUGGGGCAGUUGUAAAAUUACAACAAAUGCCAUAGCCAUAGCCACUGACCUCAAUAGUUUUGUGAAGGAGUUAGUAACAGCUAGUGAAAACAAACAGUGUAAAAUGGAGGUAUGCAAAGUACUGUUUGUGCUGAGAGAUUUGGUGUCACAAAAACCAUCUAAAGAAGACAUAUUUAAUUUCUUUAAAGUAUCUAUUUUAUCAAUAGUUCAGGCAGCUAAGGGUGGAAACCUUAGCGCAGUAAAGCACACCAUUUUUUAUCUCAGCCAUUCUAUGUUCAACAAAAUUACUCUUCCAAACCAUGAUGAGCCCUGGAUCCCUGAGAAUGUGGAUACAAUUCUAGAACUUAACUAUUUUUACAGGGCAGUUGUAAAAUUACAACAAAUGCCAUAA